UUUUAUUUUGGCAGAUCUGUCUGACUGGGUUUUACCCAUCACAUCUUCAUCACAUUCGGGCAUAUAUCAUCACUGUUUUCCAUCACUACCGCCACUGUCAUCGCCUGUUUUUCGAUUCCGGAUAAUUAUCUCUCUCUUUACCGUAGCGUGGUUCACUAUCUGUGUUUCAGCAGGAGAAAUGGACAACAGCUCGACGACUUGUCCGUUUGACACACAGGGUUACAGUUCAACAUUUACGCGGAAACGGACAGUGGAAGAUUUCAACAAGUUCUGCACUUUUGUGCAAAGACCCAUGAGCGAGGAUUCAGAGCCUCAGAAGCGUCCGAAAUCAGCAGGUCUUCUGCUGGAGGGUCGAACGAAGGCCGACAAGGUGAAAAAGAAGAAGAAGAAGAAGAAGCUGAGAAAGAGUAAGAAUGAGGAAUUGAGAUCUUUCGCCCCAUUUACUCCUCCCAGUGCCGAAGGUGAGAUCUCCAAUUAUGGAUGUACCAUCAAAGAAGAACCGGAAGAUUACCUCAGCAUCCCCGUACCCACCGCCGGCAUGGGUGGAGACCUGCCAAAGCACACUGGCACGUGUUCAAAACCUGCCUCGGGUUCACUGGCCACCGCAAUGUGCAAAGAGGAGCCUGAUGUGGGCCGUCCUUGCUGGAACGGUUCUAAAAGUUCAAGUCCAAAGUCGGAGGAUGUCGAGAAACCCUUACAAACUCAAGAAGAGGCAGUAGUCUCGAAGGUAGAAGGUUUUUCUGGUAAAAGGACUGUGGUCCGUCAGGGGAAACAGGUGGUGUUUAGAGAUGAGGAUGGAUCGGAGGAUGAUGAGGACAUCAUGGUGGAUUCAGAUGAUGACUCCUGGGACCUAGUGACAUGUUUCUGCAUGAAGCCGUUCGCCGGGAGGGCGAUGAUCGAAUGCAACCAGUGCAACACCUGGAUCCACCUCUCAUGUGCCAAAAUCCGCAAGUCCAACGUCCCUGAGACGUACAUCUGCCAGAGCUGCAAAGACUCAAAGUUUGACAUUCGCCGCUCCAAUCGCUCAAGAGUGGGCUCUCGAAAACACCUUCUCGACUGAUGCCGCUCUUCUCCUUCUGCCCAUCCACAUGUACAGAAACUCGUAAAAUUGUCGUCUUGAAGAUGAGACUCAAUGAGUUCGGAAGAGGAAGGGAUCAGUGACCUGCUUGCAUCCCUUUUUUUUGUUUGUGUUUUUAAUAUUUCUCACCUUCCUAAAUGUUUGCGUCAAUCAAUCAAUACUAGGAUGAUGCAUUAACUGGAGCAGAUUUCUGCCAGACAGACGGACAGUUGCAGUUGUGAUGGUACACAGCUGAAGGUUAGACACAUUCGGAGUUGUGCUGGAAAGAAGGGACUGGGGUGUCGGAUUGCACUUUUUUUAAGAACAAAGGGGCAGCUAGAGAUUCCCCUUUGUACCCAUAGCUUUCAAAAGUAUGUCUAUUAGUCAAAGUAUGUAUAUUAUAUGAAUAAGAUAUUAGUGUUCAAGGUGUUUAGACUCAUCAUUUUGUGUGGAUCUUUUCUGAGACCCCCAAAUGUGUAUGAGGGAAAGAGUUCUGUUUGUUGGAUAAUGUUGAACGUGUUUUCAUCAGCAGUCACUGAUGAUUUGGAGUGAAACAUCAGAAACGGUUCUUGCUACAUUGUGGUAUUUCUUGAUUAUUAUUUUUAAUUUUUGGCAACAAAUUGGUGGUAAGAGACUGUGUAAUUUCUAUUUUUUGAUUUAUAAAUCCUGAUAAUUUCUGCAUUUUCUGCCCUUCAUUGAACAAGAAACUUUUUGUUUGCAUGUUGCAAUGUUUUACUAAACAGGAUGAUAUUUUUUGUAAUUUUUUUUCUCCAAGAAGAUGUUUAAUAUGUUAAUUAUGUAAAUUAUGUGAGUCAUUACAGGUUAGGGAAGGAAUGGAUAUCCUUACUGGGUGAAUCUCAGAAUCUCACAAAAACAUAUCCAGGUCACAUUUUACCCCAUAAGUUUUAUAU